AUGUUUAAUGGCCUUCUUCCAAAUGUUACAUUUAAAAAGAAUCAACCGGAGCUUCAAAGCCUCCGCUCCGAUAGCCCCCCACUCUCUCAGAUUUUUCAACAAAAAGUAAUGGGGAAGAAGAGAAAGCACAGCGAGGCUGAGGCUGCGAUUCUAGAAAAGAAGGAGGAGGAGGUCGCUCCAGAGAGGCCUAAGCGAACGCUUUCCGGUUGGAAGGAGAAGAAGGAUGACCAAGCAAACCAAACUGAAUCACCGACAUUCUUUAGGAACAAAGAGAAGGUCUUGGUUACUUGUUCUCGUCGGAUUAGCUACAGGUAUCGGCAUUUGAUGUUGAAUGUGGUUGACCUAUUGCCUCAUUGUAAGAAGGACAAUAAAGUUGAGUCUAAGUCAAGUAACGGCGCAACUCUUAACGAGCUGGUCGAGCUAAAGAGUUGCUCUUCCUGCAUGUUUUUUGAGUGCAGGAAGGGGAAAGAUCUUUAUCUGUGGAUGUCAAAAUGUCCUAAUGGGCCAUCUGUGAAAUUCUUAGUGAAUGCUGUGCACACAAUGGAGGAAUUGAAGCUUACUGGAAAUCAUCUAAAAGGGUCACGACCUAUUCUGACUUUUUCAUCCAAUUUUGAUAAAGAUGCCCACUGGAAGCUUUUGAAGGAAAUGAUCACUCAGAUAUUUGGCAUUCCUAAGGAGCACAGGAAAUCUAAGCCCUAUCAUGAUCAUGUCUUUGUUUUCUCUAUCGUUGAUGACCACAUUUGGUUCCGAAACUAUCAGAUAUCGGUUCCACAUAAUGAAUCAGAUAAAAUAGCUCGAGGGGGAUUAGAUAAAAUGACCCUUGUUGAGGUUGGACCACGAUUUUGUUUGAAUCCUAUCAAGAUAUUUGGCGGCAGCUUUGGAGGACCGACAUUAUAUGAGAAUCCAUUUUACAUAUCACCUAAUCAGAUUCGAGCACUGGAGAAAAAGAAGAAGGCUGGGCAUUAUGUGAAGAAAGUCAAGGCAAAGACAAGGAGAAAAAUGCAUGAGCUUGACAACCCACUUGAGGCUGAUGAGUUUUCUGAGAUGUGGAAGGAAUGA